UAGUGUAGUAGACGGCCGCCCCCACGAGGUCUCUCCUUAUGGUGGCCAGCUUGGUGUCUCUUCUCUCCCUGGUUGCACGUCAGCUCACACCUCUCUCCAUCAUGGUUCGUGAACGUACCUUUAUUGCCGUGAAGCCUGAUGGCGUCCAGCGAGGACUCGUUGGCGAGAUCAUCAAGAGGUUCGAGGCUAAAGGCUUCAAGCUGGCCGGCAUGAAGUAUAUGCAGGCAACAGAAGACCACCUGAAGAAACACUAUGCCGAUCUUGCCGACAAGCCUUUCUACCCAGGCUUGUGCAAGUACAUGUCAUCUGGCCCUCUGGUAGCUAUGUGCUGGGAAGGUACUGGUGUUGUCACGACUGCCCGCAACAUGAUGGGAGAGACCCGCCCAGCCGAUUCCAAGCCUGGUACCAUCCGGGGAGACUUCUGCAUUGAAGUUGGCAGGAACAUCAUCCAUGGCUCGGACUCAGUUGAAUCUGCAAACAAGGAGAUUGCUCUGUGGUUCAGUCCUGGGGAACUUGUUAGCUGGACACAGGCCAACGAGACCUGGAUCUACGAGUCAAAAGUAAAAAAUAACCUUGAUAUUGAAUAUGAAAAUGAUUGUGGACAUGUGUUAUGGUUAAUGGCGUUUUUUGGUGACAAGACUACAGCCUGUGGACUUCAGACUUUGAAUGACUUCCUACAAGAUCGUAGUUACAUCCGCGGCUACACCCCAUCACAGGUGGACGCUGAGGUGUUUUCUUCUUUGGCUAAAGCCCCUGAAGACGACUUUUGCCAUGUUCUUAGAUGGUACAACCAUAUUAAAUCAUUAGGUGUUGAGCUCAGGCUAACAGGAGAAAAUCUUACAACUAUCACUGCUUUACCUGAAAAUAUAACCAAUGAAGAUGAAGUGACAAAAAUUUCAAAUGAUUCACUUUUGGAAGAUAAAGAGAUUACUUCCAAAUCAAUGAAUGAUGAAUCGAAAGAUACGGAUGAUGAUGAUGAUAAUGAUGACGACGACGACGACGAGGAGAUUGAUUUGUUUGGUUCUUCUGAUGAAGGGGAUGAUCGAGAAGCAGCACGAGUUCGAGAAGAACGGCUGAGAGCUUAUGCUGAGAAGAAAUCAAAGAAACCUGGUCCUAUUGCUAAGUCUUCAAUAAUGUUGGAUGUGAAGCCAUGGGAUGAUGAGACCAACAUGAGUACACUGGAGGAACUUGUACGUUCAAUUAGGAUGGAUGGUCUCCAGUGGGGUGCUAGCAAACUAGCUCCUCUAGCUUUUGGCAUUAAUAAAUUAUCCAUUUUGUGUACUGUAGAAGACGAGAAAGUCUCUGUUGAUGAUCUUACAGUAAAAAUAUGCGACUUUGAAGAUACUGUGCAAUCUGUUGAUAUAGCUGCUUUUAACAAAAUAUAGGGUUUAAUUUUUAUUGUAAAAUUUUCGAACUUUGUGUUACUAGAAUUUCUUUUCACAAACUACUUGUACUAUACAAUGACCUGGGAACACCAAAAUGCAUUGUUAGCCAUGGAAUGUCUUGUUAAAAAUAAUUUAUUCGUGAUGUGGACUUACAAAUUACAACUGAAAUAACAAUAUUAGCAAAUCUUAAAGGCGUGAUUUGUUAAAGUAAAAAAAAUUAUUAAUUCUUUUGACAGAUUCUGGACAUUCAUUUUAUCUGCAAACUUUCCUUACCAUAUUUUGACCAUUUCUUCUCACUUGAGCAUACAGGUUUCUGACAUUCUACUAAAUACAGAAAUUAAGUCCAAAGUGCAGUAAUUUAUACUAGUGCACAAUAUCUUUCAUAGCUACGAUAUUAUUCCUCUCGUAAAAUCUUCCGACUACUGUACUUCUCAACAUGAAAGCCUUGUUUUAUAUUUCUAGUUUUCAAAAUAAAAAGAAGAGGUGGAGUAUCUCAGACUUGGUAAAUUAAACAAGUUCUUCAGCCAAAUGUCCAUGACAGGUGUGUGCUGUGUAUGUAUGACAAUGCAAUUACUUUGUACAGUACUCCAAGAGGUAAAUAAGACAACCAGUAAUUAAUUGUGGUAUCCCUUACUUGUUUAUAUGAAUAUUACAAAAUAGUGACAAUUAAUGCAAAUAUAAUCUAGAGGUGAGGAGCAUCAAUUAUCUGUAGACCCACUUCAAUACAUUAUAGUUUGCUCUUUGGUGGAACAUCAUCGCCAUUGUCUUCCUCUGAAGGUUUAUAGGUCCAGGAAUAUGCAGGUAACUUAUCGUGUUCUGUUCGGGGAAUGAGGGAAAAUGUAUAGAGCAGUGCAUGUGAAAAUUCUGUAAGCUUAUAAUAUCAAAUUUUAUAUAUUUAAUAUAUUUUAUAAAGCAAAUUACUUGGCACGUGAUUUGCAGGGUAAUGGAAAAGAACAAACACUGAAUGAGAUAUUACAAAAUGCAUGUAUCAGAAAAGUCACCCAUUAUAUACAAUGAUUCUGCAAUCUGAACAAAUGAAGGAAAUUACAUAGUUUUAUGUAUUGAAUGAUUCUUUUACUGGUAUAUUGCGACGAAAACAUAUUAAGCAUUUUCUCUUACCUUGGUAGUUAUAACCUACUUGGUACACUCAACCAUACAGGAUGUGUAAAAUUUUUAAGACCAGGUGUUAUUUACCAUUCAGAUGAAACCUGAUUUAAAUGCAACAUGAAACUUCCUGGAAUGUUGAUUGAAUAAUCUCGCAAGGUCGUACUUGCCAGGAAGGUGUGAAUAUGGGUAAGGAUAUAAUUAAAUGGAAUGAGGUAUUUGAGCAGCUUCAUAAAGCUGUCUAAUACAGUAUUACUAAUUAAAAAAUUUUCAUAACUUUAAACAGUACAGUACUUGUCUUUUUUCAUUUAUCUGUUUUGUAACAAUGCAAUCAUAUACAGAUUAAAUCAUUUGGUAUUCAAUAAAUUACAAUCCAAA